CUUUUCAUCUAUCUACAAUCCCGUCUUAGAAUUUAUAAUGGCUUCCACUACUUAUUUCCAUACUGUCACUCGUUCCUAUGUUGAUGUUGAUACCUCAAAAGGUGUUGAUACUGCUCAAUUCCUUGACGCCACUGAAGGUGUGGUGAAAUUAUUUGAUUCCCUUGGCUCAAGUGCAUUUACUGUUGUUCAAAAUGAUAUGAAUGGUAAUAUCAAGAAAAUCAGAACACGUUAUCUCUCAAAUCCUACUGCCAAUGAUACUUUGGAAAACUUAUUGGCUAAUGAAGCUCAUGAAAAGAAACGUGUUGCCACUGAAGGUUUAUUAUGGUUGAUCCGCGGUUUGGAUUUCACUGCUCAAGCUUUACGUCGUAGUCUUUCUGAUCAAACUGAAGAACUCACUAUUUCCUUCACCAAAUCUUAUGAAGCUACCUUGAAGAAAUUCCAUGGUAUCCUUGUGCGUCCUGUCUUUUCUUUGGCAAUGAAGGCAUGCCCUUAUAGAAAGGAUUUUUAUGAAAAGAUCAAUGUUCAAUCCUCUGAUGAUAUUGCUGUGAUGAAAGCCUGGUUGGCCGCUUUGGAAGCUAUCAUUGCUACUGCUCAAGCUGUCUUUGUUGCUCACCCUGAAUAUAUCAAAGGAAUGUAGAUAGAUGUUGAUUCUUAGCAUAUAUAUAUAUAUAUAUAUAUUUGGUUUAUAAUCUCAAUAAAGAAUACCUUUUUUUUUAUUUUUUUUUAUUGACAUUUGUUUCC